AUGGCCGAGCGAUGGUCGAGAGCAGUGGUGUGGGUGUGGGUGCUGAUGGUCAUGCUGGUGAGAUGCGGGGAAGCGUACGACAGCGUGCUGCUGGAGGGCUUCUAUCUGGCGCCGAAGCAGGAGAUUGUGGAGAGGCCAUUCUCGCUGAAGAUGCAGAGCGACUGCAAUUUGGUGCUGUACGCGAACAACGUGAGGCCCGUCUGGGCCACCGACACCAUGAACCAGGGCGAGGACUGCUACUUCCUGCUGCAGGCCGACGGCGACGGCGUAAUCUGGACGGGCGACGGCCGUGCGCUCUGGCGCACCAACACCGCCGGCAUGAACAACGGCCCGCACUUCAUCAAAAUGCAGUGCGACGGCAACGUCGUCAUGUACACCGCCGUCGGCUACCCGCUCUGGGCCACUGACACCAACGUCUCCAUCCUCUCGCUCGCCGACCGCCAGCGCGCUUACAACGCCUCGCACGCCGACGACUCGUCGCAGGCCUCGUCCUUCGUCCCGCCGCGCAUCCGACCUCGACGCCGAUAA